AUGGCAACGUCGUCGUUUCAUCUGUCCUUCUCCUCCUCCCUCCUCUUUUCUCCUCUCCCCACCACCACCGGUGGCGCCGCCACCCGUCGUCUUCCCAGACUCGCCAUAUUCUGCUGCUCUUCCUCCACACCCACUGCCACUCCAUCAUCAUCAACAGUGACCUUGCCAAAGAAAAAACACUGGAAAGCAGGAGAAUACCCGGGCGUCACUGAAAUCUUCAUUCCACGACUCUCAAACAGUAACAACAAGAGAAGAACUCCCAUAAAGAAUAUUAAGAAGAAAUUGGAUAAGAAAAACAAUGCCAAGGCAUGGGUCAACACUGUCACUGAAGCCCUCUCUGAUGCCAUUGACAAAAAGCAAUGGCUCCUUGCCCUUCAGGUGUUUGAGAUGCUAAAGGAACAGCCCUUUUAUCAACCGAAAGAAGGGACAUACAUGAAGCUCCUUGUUCUUCUUGGGAAAUCUGGACAACCAGAACAUGCCCGUCGACUUUUCGAUGAGAUGGUUGAAGAAGAACUGGAACCAACCUCAGAACUUUAUACUGCCUUGCUUGCUGCCUAUUGUCGGAGCAAUCUGAUCGAUGAAGCAUUUGCUGUGCUUGAACAAAUGAAGGCUCUUCCUCUCUGCCAGCCUGACGUAUAUAGCUUUAGUAUCCUGAUUAAAGUUUGUAUUGAUGCUUCUCGUUUUGAAUUGGUUGAGUCCCUCUAUGAUCAAAUGGCUGAAAGAUUAAUAACUCCAAACACUGUUACUCAAAAUAUAGUGUUGAAAGGUUAUGGAAAGGCAGGGAAAUACGAACAGAUGGAAAGGGUGCUCUCCGGGAUGCUUGAGAGCACCACGUGCAAACCUGAUGUGUGGACUAUGAAUACUAUUCUUAGCGUGUUUGGUAACAAGGGUCAAAUUGAAAUGAUGGAAAGAUGGUAUGAAAAAUUCCGCAAUUUCGGAAUUGAGCCAGAAACACGCACUUUUAACAUUCUGAUUGGUGCUUAUGGGAAGAAAAGGAUGUACGAUAAGAUGUCUUCAGUAAUGGAAUACAUGCGUAGGCUUUCAUUUCCUUGGACGACAUCAACAUACAACAAUGUAAUCGAGGCAUUUUCAGAUGCAGGUGAUGCCAAGCACAUGGAGUAUACAUUUGAUCAGAUGCGUGCUGAAGGCAUGAAGGCAGACACCAAGACCUUCUGCUGCCUCAUCAGAGGGUAUGCCAAUGCUGGUCUUUUCCAUAAGGUGAUCAGCAGUGUUAAAUUGGCUGGAAAAUUAGAGAUACCUGAGAAUACCUCGUUCUUUAAUGCUGUCAUAUAUGCAUGUGCAAAGGCAGAGGAUUUAAUGGAGAUGGAAAGAGUUUUCAAGCGAAUGAAAGAUAAAAGUUGCCAACCAGAUGCCACAACUUACUCUGUUAUGAUUGAUGCAUAUAGAAAAGAAGGUAUGAAUGAUAAGGCCUAUGAUCUGGAGCUAGAAAAUCAGAUGAUCAAUGCUGAUGCUGUUUCUGAAAGCGACCGUGAUGUUGAAGCAGAUGCUUCACUGAAUGUCCAAUAA